GCGCAUAUAUAUAUAAAUGAGAGGAGUGAGCGCCUGGUCGGAGUUGCGCGUGCGGCUCGCUGUGACUCUGACGUGGACAAGGAGCGUUCAUAAGCCUGCUUUACAUAGAUGUUUUUUUUCCCCACUUUUACAUUUUCCGCCGCUUAUUCACGUUAAAUGUCCCCAGACACCAGAGAAGACAAACGCGCCCCAGGCAUGUCCUGGCGGUUACGCGCUCUGCUCUUCGCGCUGUGCCUCGUCACAGCGCUCAAUUCUGCCGCGCUGCUCGUGCAGCUGCUCCGGCACGCGCAGCUGUCCUCCCGCCUGGCGCAGCUGGACGCCCGCGUGCAUGACUUCUCCGAACGCGCCGUCGUUGAGUUCCUCAGCGAGGCGGCACGCGACGGCCACCCGCGCAGCGCGCGCGACAAGCGUAGCCACGAGGCACGUCGCCCGCGCGCACCGCAGGACGCCGAACAUCAGGACAUGAUGACGAUUUACUCCGUGGUACCGGUGAAAGUACUGGUGGAUCUCUGUAACAGUAGCCAUGAAAUUUGUUUAACAGGCCCUCCAGGAUUACCAGGCCUUCCCGGUCUCGAUGGAAUGCCUGGGUUCAACGGAAGUGACGGCCUGCCUGGCCCAAAGGGUGACACAGGGCCAGAGGGCAGACGAGGGAAGAGAGGACCCCCAGGUGAGAAAGGCGAUCCAGGAGAAAAGGGAGAGCGGGGCGAUCGUGGGCCUCCCGGAGAGAAGGGUGAGAUCUCCAGUGACGUCUUCGUAGAAGGUCCCCCUGGUCCGAUUGGCCCUCCAGGACCCACUGGCCCCCCUGGCCCACAGGGCCCCCCCGGAUCACCUGGACCCCCCCAGAACCGGAGCAAGAGCCGACACAGCAGCUUGCAACAGGUGCAUACUUUGAGACUGUCACAUGCUGCCCCAAACGAUGACUCGUUAUCUGAAAAAUUGACUGGAGGAACUACUGAAGCUCCUGAAAAUAAAGCAGAAUGCAUCAUCAAAUCAAUAACCAACCCCAGAAACAUCACCAGAAUGGAAAGCAUUUUUGGAACGUGGAUGCAGGACGCAGCACUUCAGGAUGACGAGAAAAUCUGGGCGGCAGAGCAUUUUUCAGGCCGGGUGGUGAGGGAAUAUAGCGACAUAGCGGCCUUCCAGAAUGACAGCGGCACCUCCAUCGAUACGAAGAAGUUCUUCCAGGGCUGUGGCCAUGUUGUACACAAUGGCUCCAUGUAUUAUCAUGUUGCUGGGACUUCGAAAAUUGCCAAAUUUGACCUUCAGUCAAAUAUGCUAAACACCCUGGCCAUUGAGAAUGCCCUCUACCACAACCUCAGGUACCUCCUUCCCAACUCCAAGACCUAUUUCAAACUAGCAGCAGAUGAAAACGGACUGUGGCUCAUGUUUGCCUCAAGCUUCGACGAGAGUAUGGUAGUGGCCCUCUUGGAUGAAAAGACCUUUUCAGUCAGUACGUACGUCAACACUACUUACCCCAGGAGUAAAGCGGGGAACGCAUUUGUAGCCUGCGGAGUGCUGUAUGUCACUGACACAAAGGACACCGAAGUCACUUUCGCCUUUGACCUGCUUAAGGAGAAACCUGUAAAUGUGAGCUUUGAAUUCAGGGCACCCAGUGGUGUCCUGGCAAUGCUGUCCUACAACCCAAAGAAUCGACAUCUCUACCUGUGGGACAACAGCUAUGUGAAGGAAUACGAGGUACGUUUCUUGACAGAUGCAUGAACACGACCAGAGAGGCCAGCGUCAUGAAAAGAUGCAGGUUUGCAUGAUUACAGGCCUGUGGUUCACUUAUAACAGCGUUGUAUUGAAACGCUGCUAAAUUGUGAAACGGAGGCAUUUUUCCCUCUAUAUUUAAUUUCUUUCAUAUUUUGCCAUUUUUAUAGGGUUCAGGCUCAAGUCCUUAACAUGGUACAAACAUGCUUCACGCUACAAAGAUGUGUUGAAAGUUACAAUGCAAGUGUUGAGAAUGAGUAAAAGGGCAAUUUAUUAAAUACUGUUCCAAACAGGUGACAAAACAAAGUUCAGAUAUAAGGGGACAUUUUAAAAAUGAUUUCCCUCUGCACUUAAUAUAAAUCUCUGCAGAUUAAUAAAUGUGUACAUCCAGAUCCAGAUUAAUUGUUUUUGCCAGAUUUAAAAGAAUCUGACUAAGACUUAGAUAUACAUGGUACAUGUAGCAUUCUUAAUGAAGUAUUAAUAAGACACUGAAUUUAUGAACUAUUUAAGUGCAAAAUAUGCAUAUUACACAUUAAGUUGAUGAAAACAAUUAAAAAUCCUGUUCAAUAAAAUACUGUGACCAAAACUGUAAAAUUGGAAACCAGCCUGUAUUUAACCAGCACUGUCUUGAAUAAUAUUUGCUGAGCAUAAAAGCAAUGCGUUUGAGUUCACAACAGCCAGUGGAUGAGCUUCAUUAUCAUGUCUUGUCUCUUAUUUAUUCACUAUACAAGUAUGAGGUUCAGGCAAAUAUUACAUUUGGUAAUCCAUAUUUAUAUUAUUCAUAUUUAUACAUUUUUGUAAUGGACUGUUUAAAUAAAAUUUCUGUGCAGUUGUAAUUCUACGAAGAGAAUCUAUGAAUAGAAAUCUAUUCUUUUCUGUGUUACUAUAAGUACUCAAAUUUUGGUCAUACAUUACAUCUAAAAACUUUCAGAUGUAUUGUCUAAUAUUGGAUUUAUAAAUCUGUGAAAAGUGGGUAUGUGGAAAUAUUUCAUUUAAAUGUGGGGUAAAACAGUUAAAUUUACAGCUUUGUCAAUUGUUUUCCAUUUUCUACUAAUGUGGUUGGCACAACAGAAACCCAAAAUGUGCAAAAACUAUUCACCAACCUAUUUGCCAAUAAAAAUAAAUGUAUCGUUUCAAAAGUACUUUUAACACGUAUAAUUGUUUUCCAAUGUGCCGUGACAAAUGUCCGUCUUAUGAAAAAAAUCAUUAAGAGAUGUGGUUAACAGCACCGUCAAUGACUGACACAUUCAGAAUCAUAGUGAAUCACAGUGAAUUGUGUCAGAGUGGUCACUUACUGUCACGGACCUGGAGGGGAUCAGAUGUCAGAGGGUACAAA